AUGGAGUUGUUUCGACGUGAAGCAGACCACUGGUUUAUGCUGAAUCAUCAGAACGUUGUCCAUCUCUACGGAGCGUGCCACGUCGGGACUCCAUUCUUCGUGUGCGAGCCAGCCAAGUCGAUAUCUUUGAACUCUCAUUACCUACACGAGCGUGGAAUUGUCCAUUGCGACUUGAAAGGGAACAACUUCAUGGUAGGCACAGACGGCAAAACUAUCAAACUCGGAGACUUUGGCAUGAUGCCAUGGAAGGCUCCUGAAUCUUUGAAGGGUGAAGACCCCACCGUCAUGUCGGACGUUUACGGCUUUGGAAUGUGCAUCUUUGAACUUUUCAGUGGAAACAUUCCGUGGGCUGGCGUCCCUGAAGCUGCCGUCAAGUUCCACUGGAGUCUGAUUCAGCACAUGUGCUUCUACGAGCCUUGCGAUCGCAUUAGCCUCGAUGCCGUCGUGGAGAUGCUGCACACUUUCCGCUUUGGGAAGUAG